AUGUCACGCGCCUCGGCCGGUUUUGCGGACUUCUUUCCCACGGCUCCGUCGGUCCUGCAGCAGAAGCGCUUCAGGUCAGGGGACCGCCGAGGGAAAGGUCCAGAUGUUCCGGAGGCGACUGCUACUCUUACAGUCUCCUCCGCUUCUCCCGGUGGGGCAUCUGAUAUGCCGGCUGCGGAGCGAUACACGACCCAACCAGCCUCUGACAUCCAAGGAAGUGAAUGUACUGCACCAGGAGAAGCGAAUGCAAUAUUGCCCCCGCCAAUUGCCACCGUCUGUCCACCUAUCGAUACCUUGACGCCUCUCACCAACGUGGAAUCAUCUCCACCUUGCAAAGCGACGAGCCCGCAGCCGAAGAUAGCGGAGGGGAAGACCUCAGAAAGCAGUGACAAGCCCAGCGAGGACCCGAUUAAAGCCUCCCUGACUCCCAUCCAUACACCUCCAACCGGCCAACCUCAAAUUCGCCCGGAAAACGUGGUCAAGGGUCAUCGGGUGGUCUACGAUCCUGAACUCGAAAAACGUUCGUCAAAAGACAAACGACGGAAACUUGAGUAUAUGGAGAUUCUUGCCAAUAACCAAGCCACUCCGGCUGAUCCCCGUCUGGCCAUCUCUAACUACCCCCGGGGAUCCUGUGGGCCAAAGCGCAAAUGUCGAAUUGCCCCGUACAUCUUGAAGCCAUGGCCGUACGACGCCGCAACCAACGUCGGCCCUGGUCCUCCCAUACAGGUGGUGGUCUGGAACUUCGAUCCCCUGACCCCGGUCGCUCCCAUCAGUGCUCUCUUCUCAAGCUUUGGUGAGAUUGCGGAGAUAAACAACCGCACCAACCCCAUUACAGGUCGAUUUCUUGGCAUCUGCUCUGUCAAAUACAAAGACAGCCCAGCGUUUCGUGGUGGUAAACCCGUCUCGGCAUCUAGUGCGGCAAGGCGCGCGUACUAUGAAUGCAAGAAGGAACAACGCAUUGGGACUCGAAGGAUUCGGGUUGAUAUGGAUCGCGAGGGAGUCAAUUCUGAGCGCAUGGCCGCAAAAGAGAUAGAGUCACAGCGCUUGGCUUCCCAACCCAUCGUCACGCUCGAAACAAAGGUGGACUCCAAGAAGAAUGAACCCCCUCCGACAGCGCCGAAAGGUCCCUCUGGGAGGUCCGCCCUUCGUCCCGGGGUCGCUAUUCCCCGGGGGCCGAACAUUCCUUCGGGGCCCAGCGGGCCACAAUCUCUGGUCGAAGAGACACCCGUGUUGAAUCAGAUCAAACGUGAUCCUUACAUAUUCAUAGCGCAUUGUUAUGUUCCAGUCCUCAGUUCUACUCUCCCACAUUUGAGUAAACGACUCAAGUUGUUUGGCUACAAAACCAUUCGCUGUGACAAGACCGGCUACUACAUCAUCUUUGAGAACUCCCGGCGCGGCGAGGAGGAAACAGAGCGUUGCUUUCGAUUAUGCCACAUGCAGCCUUUGUUCACCUACAUCAUGAACAUGGAAAGUCAGCCUUACGGGAACCCCAAUCACGUUCGCAGCCCAAGUCCGGAACGCCUCCGAGCCGAAGAACAAGAGAAGGCCCAGAAGGCUAGACUCAAGAAAGAGGCUGAGCUGGACAUCGAAGAGGAAAAGAAAUAUCGGGCUGCCAACUUGGAUCCCUGCCGGGAAGUGUUGUCUAUCAUCAUUCGAGAUCUUAGAGACAAACUUCUCGAGGAUGUCAAGUCGCGCGUUGCUGCUCCGGCCCUGUAUGAUUAUCUCGAUCCCAGUAAGCAUGCUGCCAGGAGGGAAAGAUUGGGGAUUCCUGGUCCAGAGGGCACGAAGCAGCUGGCUUUCCGAAUCGGCGCGGAUAGUACUCUAGGGACUCCAGACUCACGGUCUGAGUUGUCCCAUGGACAAGACCCAUUCCGGACCACCAACCUCAGUGUGCUGGCCCUACCACGCAUUCGCAAAGCCCAUCGGUCCGACCGGGCUGGAGCUGCAUUUGUGGAUGAGCGGCGCCGACAGCCUCUUCGAAAAAGAGAAAUUCGACCUUUGUAUCAUCGCCUGCAGGAAUUGCAUGACGACGAGGAUUCAGACGACGAGCAACGCACACCGCUCACUCGAGAUACUGACGAGAGAAGCAGCCGUCCAGCGAGUCGAGCAAGCUCUGUAUCGGCAUCUGAACCAGACGAGCAAUACCAAUCGGAUGCAGUGGGGUCGUUUGCCGAGAGUAGCGCCCAAGUAGCUGAUGAAACGGACGAAACAGAAAAAACCAGCGACGGAUUCGUCCAUGACUUGGAAGCGCUGUCUUCUUCCACGCUGAAAAGAAAGCGAAUCCCCAGAGAGACCGAUGCACGCAAGCGUCAACGACAAGAUGAUGAGCUUUCCAGCAUUGAGCCGGAGCGGGCGAUUGCAGGCGACACUACUGGGUCUUCUACUGCAAUCAAGACUGAUUCUCAUAUUGCAUUACCGAUGCAUGAUGAACCCAUCAAGGAACAAGACGCCGACCUUGUUCCAGAAGAAACCGUCCCUGACGAUACUUCAGAUGAAGAUGAUACCUGGGAACCCAAGGCCAUUGACAAACCUGGGGCUGAGAUUCAAUGGGGAGUAUCUAAACAUGAACCACGCGCGACAGUGGAAGAUGAUGAAGCAAUCAUCUUGGACUUGGAUGGUUGGCAGCGCUUGGUCAAGGAUGAGGAAGAUAUGCGGUUCCUGCAGGAAAUGUUGCUCGAUCAGGUUGCAUCCAAUGUCGGGAAUCUUGCAGCAUGGGCUUGGCGACAAAAGGAGAUCAAGGCUCUCAAUCAGCGAGAGCCCAGAGGACCAACUCGCGAUGCGAUUGGCAUCACUGGCUACUAUGUCUUCAACCCGACAGGCGCUGCCCGGACCGAAGGUCGAAAGAAAAUUCUGGAGUCGGAGAAAUCAAAAUAUCUGCCUCAUAGGAUUAAGGUCCAGAAAGCCCGCGAGGAACGCGAGGCGAAAGCCAAGGCUGAUCCUCAAGCUGCUGCUGCUGAAGCUGCGAGAAUUGCCGCUGCAAAGACCAUCUCCAAAUCAACUUCACGAUCAACUCGCGUCAACAAUCGCCGACUCAUCGCGGACAUCAAUGCACAGAAGCAAGCUCUUCCCACUUCCAGUGGUGAGGGCGACGUUCUUCGAUUCAAUCAACUGAAGAAACGCAAGAAGCCAGUUCGCUUUGCUCGAUCUGCCAUUCACAACUGGGGCUUGUAUGCAGAGGAGGAUAUUUCAGCGAAUGACAUGAUCAUUGAAUACGUGGGUGAGAAAGUCCGGCAGCAGGUCGCCGACAUGAGAGAAAGACGAUAUCUCAAGAGUGGAAUCGGCAGCAGUUAUCUCUUCCGAAUUGAUGAGAACACGGUCAUUGAUGCCACCAAACGAGGUGGUAUCGCACGUUUUAUCAAUCAUAGCUGCACUCCCAAUUGCACCGCUAAAAUCAUCAAAGUCGAUGGGAGUAAGCGGAUCGUGAUCUAUGCACUUCGGGAUAUUGAACGAGAUGAGGAGCUCACGUACGACUACAAAUUUGAACGAGAAUGGGGCAGUGACGACCGUAUUCCUUGUCUUUGCGGCUCAACUGGCUGCAAAGGAUUCCUCAAUUAG